AUGACAAAAGAAAUGGAAAAAAUAUACAAGGAGUGGUAUAAAACUAUGCCAUCUCAGAUGAUUGAUGUGAGUGAGUCAUUUGUAGGGAUUGGAAAGAUAAUUAUAAAUGGGCAUUCAUUGUACAAGUAUAUUGAAGACGUAUACAGCAUUCAGAGUGAUACACUGCCUCUUAACUUACUAAGCAGUAUAGCAGAUACCAUAGGACAGAGUCUUAUUGCAUCUGGGUUUAAAGACUCGUACUUGGUUUUAUUUGAGGAGGACAAUAAUACGGAAGAAAGAAAGAUAUGCACGAGAGAGGUUGCUGCCACAUUGGAGAAAGGCGGGGCUCUUAAGAUCAUAUGGUUCCACUCAAUGUACGACCAUGAGUUUAAAAAUUUCAUAAAAAAAGAGCACAUCUGUUUGGGAGUGGGAUAUCAGGACAGUGAAUCAUUAGUAUUCUUAAACACUGUGCUGGGCUUUUCUUUAUAUGCAGCGGUUUUGGACAAGGAAACAUUUAGACCGCCUAGGCUAUUUAUGUUUGUUAUUAGCCCUGCCAUGUAUUUGUGCGCAGAGAAGUAUGUUUCCCGGGAAUAUACACCGAAGAAGGUAGAGCUUUUAUCUAUAGAGAGCACUGUUUCUGAGGUAGAGGGUUUAAUGAAGAAGCAUUUAGGAGAUGCAAAGUAUGCAGAGCAUAUAGAAGUAGUGCGGGGACCUAAUUCACUAUUGAAGUACAGUAAAGAGAGAAAGCCUGUGGACAGAGAGCUGAUAAUUGAGAUAGAAGAAGUUAUUAGGAAGUGCAAUGUAUGCAGCAUCAAGAGUGUGAUAGAUGGGCGACUUUUACAGCCGGCACAAGAAAAUACAAAUGAUGUUUCAGCUGCAGAGAUAAUUAACGAGGCGCUGGAAGAGGUGGGAAAAGAGAGACUAUUUGUUCCGACAACUAUGUCUUCAGUGCGAUUCUAUAAUGAAGAGCAGGAGAGGAGUUUUAGAACAGAGCAGAUGUAUAUUGAAAGCUUAAAAAAGAAUGCACAGUCUCUGCACGAAGGAAAGCAUUUGCAUAAUCCUAUUAUGUUGGUGAGUGAGAAGACAAAAAAAAAGAAAGAGGUAAAAGAAAAAAUAGGAAAAAAGCAGUUAGAGAUCAUAGAAAAAAACAAGAAGCAAAAAGAGCUAGAGGCAAAGAAGAAGGAUGUUGCCUUUUUGCGCAGUUUUUUGGCAAAGUACGAAUCAUUUUCUGCCACGUAUGAGAAGAGAAGACAUUUGGAGUCCUUUUUAGUGAGAGCGCACUCAUCUUUUAUAUGCAGAAAGGUGUUUUUAUUACGGAUUGAGUUUUAUAGCGAGCUCUGGAGCUUGGAGAAGAGAAAGAAGAGGCCAAGUGAGAAAGACCUAGUUUCUUUGUACAUGGACUGCACGACUUUUAUUGAGAAAUACAGCAAGGAUGCCUCAAUUGAGGAGCUGCAGUAUGUGCUGCAGGCAAUGCUUGACCAGGGCUUUGGUGCCACUAUUUUAGAAAUGUGUGAAAGGUACCAGAUUAGUUACACAAACAAGAGGGACAGUGCAUGCACGGUGAUAUACAAUGGAGGCGAGCCAGUCAGUCUGGUAUUUGAUCCUGCUACCACAAAAGACCCAAAUGACUACGAUAUUUCGUUUCUUAUGCGGGCAGCUGGUGAUAAGCUAAAGAGAACGCUUGGUUCAAAGCCAGACCCAAGGCUUCUGUUUGAGCCAGAUGAGUGGCAGAGAGACCUUCUGAAGAUUGUGGAUGACAGCGAAAGUGCAGUAAUAUGUGCCCCAACCUCAUCGGGUAAAACCUUUAUCUGCUACUAUGCAAUGGAAAAGGUGCUUAGGGAAAGCAAUGAUAAUAUUGUCAUUUUUGUUGCGCCGACCAAGGCUCUUGUUAACCAAGUAGCAGCAGAUGUCUAUGCAAGAUUUGGGUCAAAGCCAUACAUAAAGCAGAACAAUAUUCUGCAGGGAAUAUGCAUGAGCGACUUCCAAAUAUCGCCCUUUAACUGCCAGAUUCUGAUAACAGUGCCAAAUGUUCUGGAGAAGAUUCUAAGCAUGCCGCCAGAGCAGGCAAAGAAGGCGCACCCAUAUCUAGACAGAGUAAAGUACAUUGUAAUAGACGAGGUGCACAAAAUAAGUGACAGCCGCAUGGGGGCGAGUAUGGAGAAGAUCAUACACUUCAGUCCGUGCUCACUGCUUCUUCUGAGUGCCACAUUAGGAAAUCUAGACGAGUUUUAUGGGUGGGUAGAGAAGAUAGAAAGUAGAAAAAACCGCAGGUGCCAUUUGAUACAGCACAAGGAGAGGUACUGUGAAAUCAAAAACUAUGUCUUCGUACCAAAAAAGAUAAACACACUAGAAACCUGCCACAAAACAACCAGAGCCCCGGGAGAGCAGUCUAUUGCGCCAAUACACUCUCUUUUUGCAUACUCAUUCAGAGUGAUAAAAGAGGAUGGGUUUAGUGAUGAUGUGAACUUCCUGCCAGAAGAGCUACUAAACCUAUACUAUGCCAUUUUUGCAGUGCUUAGAAAAGACCAGAGGUCUCUCAUUAAAGAAUACCGGCCAAAGCGAUUCUUCAAAACAAACUGCAUAACGAAAGGCGAUGUAAAGAAAUAUGAAAAUUAUGUAAUUGAAACCUUCAGAGACAUGAUCAAAACUAAUACUUUAGACACAGAGCAGGUUAUAAAAAUAUAUGAAAUUUUAAUUCGAGAGGCUAAGGAAGGGUUCCAAAAAAUAGAGAGCGAUUUGAAAGAGAAGCUAAGUGGGUAUAUAAAAAAAGGGUCAGCCGCGGGAAUUAGGCUGCUUCAAAAUAAGCCAUUAAAAACAAUAAGCAGCACGCCUAAAGAGGAGCAAAUCAGCGCCGAGGGUGAAAAUCUGGCUAAGAAAAUGGCAAACAUGGAGUUAAGUCCCACAGAGAUUUCUCCAGAUAUCCUAUUGUACAACAUUGACUAUCUUCUGGACAACAUUCUUGAUCUUACUGUAGAGCUGGAAGCAGCCAAUAAACUGCCGUGCAUCGUGUUCAACCUGGAGAGAACUGUUUGUAAUGCGCUUGCGAUUAGGCUAUCAGAAGAACUGGAAAACUUUGAGAAGUGUGCGCCUCCAGUGCUAACUAAGGCAGACAUCAGGGAGAAUGAAAAGGUUCUAAAAGAGAUGCGCAGGUCAAGAGAUGCAAAUGUUGCAACAGGAAAAGAUGCAUGGAUAAACGAAUCAAUUGUAGCAGAGGAAAUGGCAGGAAGAAACAUAGACUUGAAUGCAAAGGACCCACGGUUCUGCUUUACUGAUCCAACUAUAGCUUCUUCUGGUGCAUAUCUGCUAGAUGAGUAUGCAAAGUCACUUAGAAAAACUGGCCGACUUGAUCCAAGGCUAAUACAGGCACUGUACAGAGGAAUUGGAGUGCACCACAGCGGAAUACCAAAGAAAUACAGAAACAUGGUAGAAAUACUCUUCCGAAUGAAGCAGCUGCGAGUUGUGUUUGCCACAGACACUCUUGCUCUGGGUAUUAACAUGCCGUGCCGAACAGCUGUCUUUGCAGGAGACUCUCUGUAUCUGGACUCAAUGAGCUUCAAGCAGAUGGCAGGAAGAGCAGGAAGAAGAGGGUAUGACACGCAGGGAAAUGUAGUAUUCUUUGGUAUACCAAAACAAAAGGUAAGGAGUCUUAUUACAUCGUAUCUGCCGCGCAUUAAAGGGUCCUAUCCGUACACAAGUCUUUUGGCAGUGCAGUCAGCAAGACCCACUGUGAAGAGCUCUACAGUAGAAAGCAUUCUUUCUUAUCCACUGAUGUCGCUAUCUCUGCCCAAGGAAGCAUUCAGAGCCAUCAAUGGGCUGAGCACAAAGGACUUUACGCAGAAAAUACUGGAUGCACAGAAUAGGUAUCUCAUUAAAAAACAGUUCCUGUCUUCUGAAACCAUGCAGAAUGAUUUAAUACUGCACAGCACAGAGGGCAAAAAAGAGGCACCAUUCACUAAAAAGCUCUCGCAUACAUCGGGCCUGUGUGAUAUGGCGCUGAAUACGCUUUCGUAUGGUGCAGAGGCAUUUGUGCUUAUGUCGUUAGUGAAUGAAGGUAUUCUGGAUAAAAUAUGCAAGCAGGAGAAGGACAAAGAAGAAAUAUACAAGUCCAUUAUCCACUUGGUUGCAUAUAUCUUUGAGAUACACCCACUUCCAUCAAUAUCAUCUCUUCCAGCGCUUCCAGAUCUGGAGCCAGGUAUAUUUGCACGGCUUGAGGCGUACUAUAAAGAAUCAAUUGCAAUUAGCAGAGAGUAUAUGCACGAAGAAGAUGCAGCCUGGACCAGGCUAAUCCCAGACAGCGUGCACUACACUCCCAUAGCCCAGUCCUUCUUUAUUCUUCCUUACUUAUACACAAAGAAGAACAGUUACAUUCUAAAAUACUUUAUUGAUCAGAAUGUGAAGCAAAUCAUAAAUGAGAAUGGAGUAGGAGAAACAGAGCUAUGGCGCCGUCUUAAGAACAUAGAAGACGUCCUUAUGCAGCUUGUGGCGUACUACACUGAGUACUUCCCCACCUCAAUUGCCAUGCCAUUCGUAUCCGGCACUCUUUCCCAGUUCCGAGAAAGAUUCGCCAGGAUGCAUGCAUAAGUUAACCAUGGCAUAAGCAGAAAAACAGAAAUAAAU